CUCGCCAAUCCCGAGUGGGCGUGGUCCAGGUCACCCGUCCCUCUCCUCCGCUGUCAGACGUCACGAAGACGGGGGCGUGGUCCAGGCGUCACGGGGAAGGGGGGCGCGGCCGACCAAAAUGGCGGCGUCGGGCCCUUAAAGGCGCCGCGGCAUCUUUUUUCCUCGGUCGUGUGUGGAGAGAAGGCGUAGCGAGCGCAGGAGCUGGGGGGCGCGCGCGGGGAGGGCGGAGCCAAAAGGAGAGAGGAGGGGUGAGCCUGAGCGCGGCCCCGGCGAGGAGGAGGAGGUGGAGAGCAGCCCCGAGGCCUGGGAGGGUUGCCAUGGCAACGGGCGUAAUCAAAGCGGCGCCCUGAGGCCGAGGCCGGGCCCUCGCGUGGGCCGAGCGUUUUGUACAAUGAGGACAGGCCGGCCACAGAGACCGUCGCCCAAGAAAAGGCAGAUGUCUCCAUCUCGCACUCGGAGCCCAGUGUCAACUGUGAGUUCAAGCAGCAGGUCGCCCUCUCCGCUGAGCAGGCAAGGAACUGUAACGACUUAUCUAACUACGGGGCGAAGGUAUCGAGAAGAUGCAACUGAAGCAAGUGAGGAAGAUGCUCCUUUUGAACAUUCAGGGGAACAAGGUGGCGAUUAUAUCAGUCCAGGCGUUAGAUACAUAACCGAGGCUCUUAUCAAGAAGCUGUCUAAGCAGGAAAACUUGGCGCGGAUCACUUCGCUGAAUCUUUCCCUUGCUAAAGGUGGAAGAAAGAAGUUUAAGUACAUAGAGAAUCUGGAGAAGUGUGAUAAACUAGAGGUCCUCAAUCUUGGUAACAAUCUGAUCGAGAAGAUUGAAAAAUUGGACAGGCUUCUCAAGCUAUGUGACCUCAACCUAUCGUACAACAAAAUAAGUAAAAUAGAAGGUAUUGAACAGCUACACAAUCUGCAGAAGCUGAACCUUGCUGGGAAUGCAAUUGAGCACAUUCCGGUGUGGGUGGGGAAGAAACUCCGAUCCCUCCGCAUCCUGAACUUGAGACACAACCAGAUAUCAUCACUCCACGAAGUAGCUAAACUCAAGUCUCUUAAAGACUUGGCUUCUCUGUUCCUGGCAGACAAUCCCAUCGUCAACCUGCCUCAUUACCGUCUCUACACCAUCUUCCACUUGAGGUCGUUGGAAGAGCUUGACGGACAGCCAGUGACCAACUGUGAAAGGGAAGAGGCCCUGGGGCGGUUUAACUUAGAAGAGGUAGAAAAUCUCGAAAAAGACUUGGAGAGAACCACGAAAGAGAUGGAGGGUCUUAAAAACAAGCAGUCGGCCCUGCUCGAGCAGCUUCAGCGGCAAGAUGACUUGAACCAAUCGUUGAAACAAAAGAGCCUGCAACAAAAACAAAACUGUGAAGAGCUGGAGAGUGAGCUGGAGACCAAGAACGAGCUGUUCUUUCUUCUGCUACCUAUUGGAACUUUGCUGCAUGCUCCCCUUCAGCUGAAGCAGAAGACGGUGGAGCUAACCAGGGCCUGUCAGAAGCAAUACGAGCUGGAACAAGAACUGGCUUUCUACAAGAUCGAUGCCAAGUUUGAGCCCUUGGGUUAUUAUUACCCAGUAGAGGAUGUUGAACUUAGCGAUGUACCAGGCGAGAGCCCUUACAUUGGGAAAGCCUGGUAUAAGAGGAACAUGUAUGCCGUGGAAGGCUACAUUCCCAGUAAGGCUCAGAAACUGCAAGUGGGCCACUUGGAAGAGGAGGAACCACAACCAAUUCAGCAACUGAAACGGAAUCUCCAUCAGUCACUGGAUGUGCAACUAAAGGAAAAAGAGGGAAAGAUUAAAGCAGCUGAAGAACAACUGGCUGAAUUGCAAGGUGAAGUGGCCCAGGCCGAGCGACAUGUGUUAGAAGUAACAGAAGAGCUUAAACUAGUCCAGGAUGCUGCAGCUCAGCAAAAGAUGUCCGAAGUGGGAAAAGAGCAUCACCGACAGCAGCUGAGCAACAAGAUCCUUCUUUUAAGUCGGCUACGAGAGGAAGCUCUGGAACUCGAGAAGCAGAUGGAGAGACAAAGUCAAGAAAUGGCCAACAAAGAGAAGGAACUAGAAGGCCUGCAGAAUCUUAUAGACUCUCUGGACCCCAAAGACCCCAAAUACGCUCACAUGAAGGCUCAGAAGGCCAGCAGAGAGCAGCAACUUGGCAUGAUGAAUGAGCAUUACAAGCACCUCGAAGGUCGCCUGGAUGAGAUGCUGUCUCGGAUUGCAAAGGAAACGGAGGAGAUCCGGGACCUGGAGCAACAGCUCACCGAUGGCCAGAUAGCUGCCAACGAUGCCCUGAAGAAAGACUUGGAAGGGAUUAUCAGAGGGUUGCAAGACUAUCUAGAGAGCGUGAAGAGUCAGGCCAGACAGACCAGCGAGGAAUGCAAAGAGCUGCGGAAGGAGAAAGAGGCUCUGUUGAGCAGGCUGGAGGAGAUGGAGGAGGAGAGGAAACAGCUGGAAAUAGUUGCCAUGGAUGCCGAAAACCUGAGAAAAGAAAUGGCCGACCUUGAACAGGUGCUCCAAGAGCAACGGGCACUCAAUGAGUCCCUGCAGGAGGCCCAAGGAGAGCUGAGCGCUUACGAGGCGGAGCUGGAGGCGGAGCUGAAGUCCCGAGACGCUGAAGCCAAGCAGCACAAGGAAGAGCUGGAGAAGCUAAAGCAACUUAGCCAGCUGCAACACGCGACUUUCCAAGCGGAACUCGGCAAAGAAAGACAAGCCCUAAAACACGCUCUGAGCAAAGCGCAGUCCUUGGAAGAGGAGGGGCACAAGAACCACCAGCUGCUUUCCCAGCUCAAACAGCUGCAGAAAGACAACCACCAUUUGAAAGAGCAACUUAAAGAGGCUCAGGACCAGCUGAACCAUGCGGCCGACGGCUUAAUUCAUCCUGAAGAAGUCUUGGCCCGUGUGAGUGAACUGAAGCGAAAACUGCAGACUGGGGCAGAAAUCAAGUGCCGUAACUCGGAGGACGUUUUAGGGCGAGGCCUUGUGGAGCUGCAGAAGCAGUUUGGGGAAAUCCUCGCUCGUUCGCAGCGAGCGAGCGAGGCAGCCCAGGCCAGAGAGAGAGCCCUUCAGAAGGAGGUGACAUCUCAGCAAGCCAGGCUGGAAGAGGCCCAAGAGAAAUACCGACUGGCCUGUGACAAAGCUGCAGAAGCCCAAAUUAAAUCUGAAAAGAAACAGAAUGAAGCCAGAGUUCGGCAGCUAGAGGACGAAAUCCAGCAUCUAAAUGAAAAGCUGAAAAGCAUGGAGGAAAUCCAGGAUCUUGCUGAUCAACAGCUUCAAGAAGCAGACGAGGAGAAAGAGAGGAUUUUUGCUCAGCUGGAAGAUCUGGAGAAUAGGAAAAAGGCGGAAGAUGCCAGGGCUCAAAUGCAAAUUCUUGGCAUCAAUAAAGAACUGAAGGAAUUAAAGAGAGCCAUCUCUGCCUCCGAUAAACAGGCCACAGCAGAGCUCUGUGCAGCGAAAGAGCAACUCAAGUCACUUCACGGGACUGUGCGCAAAAUUAACCAGGAACGUGCUGAAGAACUUAAGGAAGCAGAGGAGUGCUCUGUGCAGGCCACUCAGGCUUCUAAAGAGCUUGCCAAAGCAGAGGAAGAAAUAGAGUUGCUGAAGACACUUUUGAAAGAAAAGGAGGAGCAGUUUCAGUAUGAAAUGGAAGCAAUCAGCAAUGAGGCUGCCGCAUCAGGUGUCCGGAAAGAGGAAAUUGAGAAGUUGAACCAGCUUCUGAAACGGCAGAGAGAAGAAAUUGACCGAUUACAGAAUGCCUUAGACCGGGCCAGGGCAGGUGACAGAGAAGAGAUUGGCAGGAUUUUGGAGGAAAUCGCAGCGCUCAAGCACGCCAUUUUCCACCAGGAGGAGACCAUCGCCGGUUUAAUGGAGCCGCUCAGACGGAGGGGACAUGUGUGCUGUGGGCCGUUGCUGUCACAGACCUCGACCCCUGCAUCUCAGAGUACCAAAGAUUCUGGCGUUGGCCUGCAGUAUCCCACGCCCACUCCGGUCAGAAGAGGACCCGGGGAGGGCAAGCAGAGCAAGAAGGAAGGCUCCGUCUCGCCCGCUGCAAGAGGCUGCUGGGGGCAUACGCCAUUUCGGAGCAGUUUGCCGGAGUCUCCCUCCCACAGAGGGAAGCAAGAAGACGGUGAAGCGAAUGUUCCCGGCCCCUCGUCCUUUGUGCCACCUCCGGGUUCAGUCAUUUAUACGCUGCUGCCAGACGGUGCCCCGGUACCUCAGGGAACAAUGGUGUAUGGCCCGCCGCCACUUCCUGUAGCAGCCAAUGGAGGGCAGCUGGCCCCGACUACCGUUGUAUUCGGCCCGCCCCCUGCUGGAGCACAGCUCCUCUACAGCCCUCUUCCGGCUAACUGUUCUUCGGUGCCUCUCAUUCCUGCCGGCGUCCUGCACUGCAACAUCCCCGAGCAUCACCGCUUGGAGAAUGAAAUCUCACGGUUGGAAGACAUUAUAGACCAGUUGAAGUCUCGGAGGUGUGCAGGCGGGUGUCUGAGAGCCUCUCCUCAUGAACGGACUCCAGAGAUGGAAGCAUUGCAGCAGGACAUGCAGGACCUCUGGAACGAGAGAGAAGAGCUGAAACGGCAGGUAGCAGAGCUGCGUAAGAAAGCCCAGAAACGAAAUCACUGCCGAGAUGUCCUCGAUGGGCACCCGAGCAGCCUCAUUUCGGAGCUGGCCCUGGAGAAGUCGCUCCAGCGUCACGAAGACAUCGUGGACGAAAUCGAGUGCAUCGAAAAGACGCUGCUAAAGCGACGGGCAGAACUCCAGGAGGCGGACAGGCUUCUUGCCGAAGCGGAAAACGAAUGCGAGAACACGCGGGGGAAAACCAAAGACACGAUCCAGAAGUACAACAGUGCUAAGCAACACUUGUCUCGGACUGAGAAGGAAGCCAAGGAGCUGGAGCGAAGGGCUCAGGACAUGGCUGUGAGGCUGGUAAAAGCUGAUCAGCAGCUAAGGAUGCUUCAAGCAGAUGCCAAGGACCUGGAGCAGCACAAAAUGGAGCAAGAAGGGAUCCUGAAGGAAAUCCACAAAGUCGUCUCGGCAAAAGAUUCCGAAUUCCAGUCCCUGAGCCAGAAGAUUGAAAUCCUGACCGAAAGCCUCCAGAAGCUGCAGGCAGACAUUCAGUUUGCAGAAGGGAACGAAGACCAUCAUCUCCAGGUCCUGAAAGAGGCAGAAAAUAUCCUCCAGAGCAAGAAGAGUGAACUGGAGAGGCUGAAGGAGCAGACAGCAGCCCAGCAGCAGGAGUUACUCCUCUUGGAUAGGCUGCUUGAUCAGAAAAGAGAAGAGCGCGACCUUCUCCAAGACAGCAUUGCCCAGAAGAACGCCGACCUCACCGAAGCUCUCAGGGAAGGCGAGGCUGACAUCGCUGGAAAAAGGCGACAGAUCAAGGAAGCGAAGUCUCUCCUGGAAGGCCUGAGUGUGCAGAGAGGAGAACUUGGCGCCCAGCUCCAUGAGAAGAGAGCUCAGCUUUCCUUCGUGACGCAGGAUAUCCAAAAGGAGGAGGCGAACCUGCAGGAUGUCCUGGGACGGAUAAUGAAGCAUAAGACAGAACUCAAGCACGUUCUGGAGAUGUUGCAGCUUGAGAAUGGUGAACUGGAAGGCCUGAAGCUCCAGCACAGCCAGAAAGUGGAUGAACUGGAAAGCCUGCAAGGAGCCGUGCUGGAGGAGAAGCUGCUGUUGGAGAAUCUCCAGCGGGCAUCGCAGCAGCAGCGUGGGGAGGCGGAGCGCCAGAGGCAGCUGCUGGAAAGGACCCAGCAAGAAGCCGAGAAGCUGAGCGCUCAGCUCCACAACCUGCAGAGCAGCAUCAAGGCGCUGAGAAGCGAGAAGCAGCGCCUGGAAGAAGACUGUCAGAGUCUGGAGGGGAGACUGUCCACAACCAAAAAAACCUUGGCUUCUAUGGAAGACGACAAUAAAACGGCACUCAGCAGCGUACAGCAAAUGAACGAGGAUAUCCAGGCGCUGGAGCGGGAAUCAGAUCAAUUGCAAAAACGCAAGAAAUUGUUGAAGGAAGACGUUGCAGACUUACAGAAGCACCUUCAUGCCAAAAAGGAGGAACUGGCUCUCCUGAAGACUGAAGUGAGUGACUCCCGACAGCAGCUUCAGCAAUUGGGAAAGGAUGCAGAAAAGGCUGCCCGGCUGAAAGAGGAGUUGCUCCGCGAACAGGCAGCCCUGAAGGAGGACCUUGGCAAAUAUGCCCGGAAGUGCCGGGAAUGCCAAGAAGCCCACCGCAAAGUGGAAAGCCAGCUGCAGGAGCUUUGCAGGGACCUGGAGGAGCAGGAGCGGGAACGGGCGGAAGGAGAGAUGAUCCUUCAGCGCCUCCGGGAAGACGUGCAACGUGAAGAAAAGCAGCUGAAGGAGUGUGCAGCGAAACAGGAGGGCCAGAAGCAGGUGCUGGAGCAGGCCAUUGCCCGGGUCCAAGGGGCAGAGGAGCGGAUCCGGAAGCUCCAAGAGGAGGAGUCCUGCUGUGCAGCCCUCAAGGAGACCGUCGGCAAAACCCGACAGCAACUCUCUGAAAAAGAACGGGUGUUGCAAGAAAAGGCCGGGGAGGUGGCCUCCCUCCAGAGGCAGCUGGAAGUCUCCGUGGCCGAGCAGAGUGCACUCCAGGCUCAGAUCCAAGCGGAGAGGAAGAAAGCCGAGAAGCAAAUCGCAGGCCUGAAGGAUGCGAUCCAGAUGCAGAGGGCCCAGCUCGAGGGAGCCCUUCAGGAACAAAAACAGGAAAACGCCUGCCUGCAGAAAGAAGUGGCCUCCAUAGAGCAAGUGGCACAGGACAACCACCAGCGUGCCAAGCGGCUGAUGAAGGACCUGGGCCACAUCCAGGAAGAGUACUUGGCGCUCAAGGCACAGAUGAAGAGUCAAGAGGAUCUGGAGAAGCAGCAAAGAGAGAUCCGGGAGGCUGUGAAGAUGCUGAAACUGGAAGUGAAAGACCGCCUGAGGACCGGUUUGAAGGACCUGAGCCAGUCCCCACCGGAACCCCUGGAGGAAGAGGAGGAAGGCACAAUGUCCCAAGCCUCAGACAGCCUGCAGAGAGAGUGGGAGAGUCUGAAGGAAAACGACCCCUUUGCAGCCAACGAGGCACGGAUGCUGUGCUUCGAGGAGAAGCUGGACCUGUCCAGAGUCCACAUCACGGAUGAACAGUGGCGUGGAAAAGCCCGCCGGGAACAGCUGCAGCACCACGAAGAUCGCCUCAAGGCGCGGCUUCGGCAGUGCAUGUCCAAACAGGUGGAGGUGCUGAUUAAAGGCAAGCAGCAGACCGAGGGCACGCUGCAUAGCCUCAAGAGGCAAGUGGAUGCCUUGGACGAGCUGGUCAGCAGCACCUCCUCUGAGUCGCUCUUCCCCUCCUUAAACUCUUCCCUCCAUGAAGACCUGAACUUCACCAGGAACCAGUUCGCCAGAUCCCCUUCCAGGAUCCCGGCAGGCAAGUUGACACCACCUCCGGCCAGCCACCAGUACAAGGCAUGAACUCAGCCAAGCAGGCAGGAGAUGGGGAUGUGAAGGCCGAGAAUCUGCUGGGUGUUAGAAGCCGCCUGUUAUGCAGGAAGUGUUCCUGAAGGUCUGGUAUUUCUGAUCUAUCGGACUCACUCCUUUAAGCACAGGAGAUCUGCCUCUGCCAGCUGUGCAUCAGGGAUCGGGACCUUAAUGCUUGAGCUUCUGGGCUAACUGGCUCAUGCAGGCUGCUGUGAGGUGUCUCCACCCACCAUAUACCAGUAGCAAAUAUCAAGCCAUAAUUCCAAUCCAGACUGGCCUAGCAGUUCCAGGCAAGCUCGAAUCCAGCGACCUCCCAUUCUUGAGACAGGGCCCCCUCCUUCCUGCCCAGAACAGCCAAGUACCAAACAGAAAACACCAGCCUAGCUUGUGAUGGGCCACUGUCAAAAAGGGAUGCAUCUCUGCAGUGAGCAGUAUCUGGCCAAGUAAUAAUUACUCUUGAUGGUUAUAUAGCCACUGCUUUUCUACAACCCAGGUUUACAAGUACUUGGAAAUUACUACCUCAUUUGCUUAUAAGCCACAUAGGCCUGGGGAUGCUGUUCGCCUGUGAGCUCUGAUCUUCUUCCCCCGCUAUACCCUCAGUUGUAUACUAGGCUGAAUGUUCCUUUGUACUGAAAGUGGGGAUGGGGUGCAGGCAUGUGAAUUUAUGAUUGAUUGUGUUUUAGGUUUUAUACAUUCCUCAGCAAUAUUAGUGAAAAUGUUUCAUUUGUAAGAUGUUCAAAGCAUUUCAGUGGUAAAAUAUUUUAAUAAAAGACUUUGGAACAAAUGGUGA